AUGGCACAUCUCUUUGCUUUGAUCAGUGUCGCCUCCAUUGUGGCUGUGUCGGCGCAGACUCCCAACUCCACCGCCCCCAAUGCUACAACACCCCCCACGAUCCUCUACGACACCCCCCCUUCCUUUGCCCUCCCUACCGUCGACAUGUUGGCGUCUCCGCUCGCGAUGUUUGACAAGUCCACGGCCCAGUCCUGGCUGGCGCCUCCCCGCAACCUCCAUCCGUCGAUCACGGCCGACAUGCCGAUUCCGACGAAUCGGUGGUGGGGUAACCUUAUCUCGACGGGCAAAGACGCCAAGGAGGUGCUGCGCGUGUGGACGAAUCCGUACGCCGUGGCGAUGCUGCCCACGGGCAUCCAAGUGUCGUAUCCAGCGUCGACGCGGGCGUUUGGGGGAUCGUCGGGCAACGGAGCCGCCAGUCGGUACUACCUCCACGCCGCCCAGAACGACGUGACGCUGUCGGCCGUGGAACUAGUAUCGCAAGCGGCGGAGUCCACUUCGCCGUCCAACUUUCAAGUGACGGCAUGGGACGAUCUUGGCGUGACCGUGCGCAAAGACGUGGGAGGUGCAGCUGCUUCCAUGACAACGUCGUUGAGCAGCGGCAUGGCGUUCGCGACGGCCACGUAUGUGUCGUUGAAGCCACGGCUCUUCACUGAACACGCGAUCCGAUCCGUGAACGGCCAAGUGCUCAAGGAAGGCCAAUCGGUGUCCGCGUCCAAGUUUAUCGUGGCGCUCGGCAACGGCCAGACGUGGGUCGUGUACACGUCGACGGAGGUGACGUUCACGGCGCACCUGACGACUCAACUUGUAUCGCCGACGACGUUUUCGGGGACUUUGCAAGUGGCGCUGGCCCCCACCGCGGGGGACGUUGCCGUGUACGAUAUGUAUCGGGAUUGCGCCGUCAAGGGAGGCAGCGUCCUCCCGGACACGACCAGCUACACGUUUCAAUGGGCCACCACUGGCAAAUGUGCCAACGGAUUGCUGCACUUUGGCUUAUCACACCACGCCGACACCAUCGACAGGACAUCCACCCGUCAUGUCAACAUGACGCAUUUGCAGUCGACGACGCGGGGCGCCAUGAUUCCGUUCGUGUCGACCUCGGGCUCAUGGAAGCUUGUUGAGCCGAAGCUCGUCAGCGCUGGCUUUUACCCACGACAACGCCCCACCGCGGCCCGCGUCAAGGCCACGGACAUGCUCCGACAUCUCACGGCUGACAUCAAUGCGCCGUGGAGCCUUCCGCUGGACGGAUCGUACUACUUUAACGGCAAGGCGGCGCAAAAGUAUGCGUCGCUGUGCUUGAUGGCGUCGGACGCGGCGGUGGUCGGGUCGUCCACGUCGUCGUUGCUGGACACGUGUCGCGCCAAGUUGGACAAGUUGCUGGCGCCGUUGGCGAGCAACGGGUGGACGUACAAACUCGUGUACGACUCGGUGUACAAGGGCAUUGUGAGCAGCCAGGGUUUUGCACAGAAGGACCUGAACGCAGACUUUGGCAACACCAUGUACAACGACCAUCAUUAUCACUUUGGCUACUGGAUCGCCACGGUCGCGAUUGCGAAUGUCGUGCACCAGACGAUGCCUUCGCUGCCCAAGCUCAACCAGCUCGCGGCGCUCCUCGUCCGCGAUGUCGCCAACGACAAUGCCAAGGACACGGCGUUCCCCACGUUUCGCAUGUUUGAUUGGUUCCGAGGCCACUCGUACUCGCACGGCGUGACGGCGCUUGCCGACGGAAAGGACCAGGAAAGCACGUCCGAAGACGUCAACUUCCACUACGGCCUCUUGUUGUUUGGUCAAGCCAUCAAGAACCCCCACCUGGAGCGUCUUGGCCGCCUCAUGCUGUCGGUGAACGCCCGCUCCGUGCAGACGUAUUUUCUCAUGGACAGUGCCAACCGCAUCCACCCCCCGUCUAUCCGCGCCAACAAAGUGACCGGCAUCUUCUUUGACAACAAGGUCGACUACGCCACGUGGUUCAGCGCCGAGCGCCACUGCAUCCACGGCAUUCAGAUGAUCCCGGUGUCCCCUGCCACCGAGUUUGUCCGCACCGCUCGGUUCGUGCAAGAGGAAUGGACCGACAUCCUCGCCCACACUGCCAUCGUUAAGCAAAACACGGGCACGAAUCCGUGGCUGUCGCUCCUGUACGCCAACUACGCCGCCAUCAACCCCGACGUAGCCAUGGACAAGCUGCAGACCAUUGCCAUGGACGACGGCUUGACUCGCUCCUGGGCGCUCUACAUGGCUGCCUCGCGCUACACCGACAGCAACGCCUAG